CUUCCCCGGGUUGGUCGUCCGGGCUCCCCGGCACGCACGAGGUCGAGUCCUCGGGGCCUGCGUGGGGACGGAUCCGCCGCGGUGGCUGUUCCCAGCCGGGUUGCGCCGGAGGGUGGGGAGGCGGCGGCCCGGCUGCGCGGGGCGUGGGUCGGCCUCUAUCCAGCCGGGGCGGAGCCCGCAGCUGGCUGCCAGAGCUUAGAGGCCCAGACGUUCUCAGCCAUGGGCAGGGGGUCUCCGAGAAAGCAGGGGUCGCUGCGGCUGCUGCUGCUUCUGCUGGUGCUGCUGCUGUCGCCUUGGCCAGUGCCCUGUGCCUUCGUGCUUCCAGGAAACACUCCUGGAGAGCCUGUUACUCCCCAGUGGGUCUUGGGUGGACGACCCUGGAGCAGAGUUACCCUGGAAGAGCCGAUCUUGAAACUCAACUCGGGGUUGGUGGUCUUGGAGGCUGAAGGCCAGGAGCUCCUGCUUGAGCUGGAGAAAAACCACAGGCUGUUGGCCCCGGGAUACACAGAAACCCACUACAGCCCAGAUGGGCAGCCAGUGGUGCUGGUCCCCAACCACACGGAUCAUUGUCACUACCAUGGGCAUGUGAGAGGCUUCCCUCAUUCUUGGGUAGUCCUCAGCACCUGCUCUGGGAUGAGGGGCCUAAUCAGGCUCAGCAGCAAUGCCAGCUAUUAUCUGCAUCCUUGGCCAUCUGAGGAUUCUGAGGACCUCUCAACCCACAAGAUCUUCCGCAUGGAUCAACUGCUCACUUGGAAAGGGGCCUGUGGCUACAGGGACCUCAAGGACAAACCAGAAAUGGCCAGCCUUCUUCCUGCCCUCCAGAGCAGGGAGAGGCGAGAGUCCCACAGGAGUCCGAGGUACCUGGAGCUGUACAUAGUGGCUGACCACACCCUGUUCUUGAUCCAGCACCGGAACUUGAACCACACCAAACAGCGUCUUUUAGAGGUUGCCAGUUAUGUGGAACAGAUUCUUAGGACUCUGGACAUUCAGUUGGUGCUGACUGGCCUGGAGGUGUGGACUGAGCAGGACCGCAGCAGCGUCACGCCUGAUGCGAAUGCCACGCUCUGGGCCUUCCUGCAGUGGCGCCGGGGGGUGUGGACUCGGCGGCCACACGACUCAGCACAGUUGCUCACGGGCCGCACCUUCCAGGGCACCACUGUGGGCCUGGCGCCAGUUAACGGCAUGUGCCGCGUCGACAGCUCUGGAGGCGUGACCAUGGACCACUCGGAGCUCCCCAUUGGCCCUGCGGCCACCAUGGCCCACGAGAUAGGGCACAGCCUUGGCCUCAGCCAUGACCCAGACGGCUGCUGCGUGGAGGCCAUGGCAGACGAGGGCGGCUGCGUGAUGGCGGAGGCCACUGGGCACCCGUUCCCGCGCGUGUUCAGCGCCUGCAGCCGCCGCCAGCUGCGCGCCUUCUUCCGAAAGGGAGGUGGCGCGUGCCUUUCAAAUGCCCCGGACCCUAGGCUCCUGUUGCCAUCGGCGCGCUGCGGGAACGGCUUCGUGGAGGCCGGCGAAGAGUGCGACUGUGGCUCCAGCCAGAAGUGCCCUGACCCCUGCUGCAUCGCCCAUGUCUGUUCACUGCGUGCGGGGGCCCAGUGCGCUCACGGGGGCUGUUGCUCCGGCUGCCUGCUGAAGCCGGCAGGCACGCCAUGUCGCCGGGCUGCAGGCGACUGUGACCUUCCCGAAUUCUGCACGGGCACCUCCCCACACUGUCCCCCAGACAUUUACCUACUGGAUGGUUCGCCCUGCGCCAACGGCAGAGGCUACUGCCGGGACGGCGCAUGUCCCACCCUGGAACAGCAGUGCCAGCAGCUCUGGGGGCCUGGGUCCCGCCCAGCCCCAGAGGCCUGUUUCCAGGUGGUGAACUCUGCUGGAGAUGCCCAUGGGAACUGUGGCCAGGACAGCGAGGGCGGCUUCCUGCCUUGUGCACAGAAGGAUGCUCAGUGUGGGAAGCUGCAGUGCCAAGGUGGGGAGCCGAGUCCUUGGGUGCCAUACAUGGUGCCAGUGGACUCCAUGGUUCCCUUAGAGGGUGGUGAGGUGGCCUGUCGUGGAGCCUUGGCGCUUCCAGAAGCCCAGCUGGAUCUACUUGACUUGGGCCUGGUAGAGGCGGGGACCCAAUGUGGACCUAAAAUGGUGUGCCAGGACAGGCGCUGCCAGAAUGCUACCUUCCAGGAACUGGAGGGCUGCCUGACUGCCUGCCACAACCGGGGGGUUUGCAAUAGCAACCAUAAUUGCCACUGUGCUCCGGGCUGGGCCCCACCCUUCUGCGACAAGCCUGGUUUCGGUGGUAGUGUAGACAGUGGCCCUGUGCAGCCUGAAAAGAAGGAUGCCUUCCUGCUAGCCAUGCUCUUCAGCUUUCUACUGCCUCUGCUCCCUGGGGCAGGCCUGGCCUGGUGCUGCUACCGGCUCCCAGGAUUCCAUCUCCAGCAAUGCCCUUGGGGCUGCAGAAGGGAUCUCUUGUUCAGUAGGCCCAAAGAUGGCUCAUGCAAGGACAACCCCUUGGGCAGUGUUUACUCCAUGGAGUUGGGCCCCACAGCCACUGGAGAGUCUCAGGCCCUGGCCACCUUGAGUCCCUACCCCCCAAGCCACAGGGGCUCCUGCCAACUGUGCUCACAGCAUUCAUCCUCCACUAUUGCUCCCAGACCCUGUGAACUCUGCCAGAGCCCAACAGCCACCCUGAGAAGCCUGUGCCCUAUAGCUCUGCCUGAUCCCCAAGGUUAAGUCUAGAAACCAAGUCCCUGUCUCUGGGGAGAGGUGGCAUUCUGCUGUGAUGAGAAUUAAAGACAAGUGACCAUUGACUCCAGAAACUUGGACUAAGGGCAGAGCCAGCACCUUCUGGCUGGCUCAGAGUGACUUGCUUUACCUUCUGCAGCUUUUUAGUUUCUUCCACCAGAUGAGCUCUGCCCCUCCUACUCCAGGACCCUAAAGCCUUAUCAGAAGUUACCUCUGCCAUGUUGUCCCCAGCCCUGAAGACUAGGGUAUCCUGGGUACAUCCUCCACUCCAAGAAUCCAUCAGCAAAAGAGUAAAGGUCCUGCAGUCCCCAACCUCUCCCACAUUGGGUACCCAGAGACUGUUGUCCUGGGAGCCUGACUGUGUCUCCCAUUUUCCCCAGAUGCAGCUCUGGGGAGGGCAGAAAUUCCUCGAGCCCUGCCUUUCAGAUUUUAGUCCACACUUUCCUAAAGCUUGGCCCUGCAAGAAAAGCAAGCAAACAAACAAGCACAAUCGUUGGGACCUUCUUUCCUGUCUUCUCUGCCCUGUCUUAUGCCCUGGACAUUUCCUCAGUCCCCAACCCCAUUUCUAGCUCACCACCAGAGGUUGUGGUGGGGUGUAAGACAUGUAAGACAUGCUGUCCUGAGGCCUUUUCAAAAGGUGACAAAUGGUGGGUGGAACAUUUGAUGGCAGCCAAUACCAUAGGCACAUAUCUGAGCCUAGGAGUGUGUUGCCCGGCUUGAAGAACCCUUUUGGCCUGCCAUUUUCUGCCCCCUCCAAUGUCCUCAUUCUUUUGUUAUUUCUUUCAAGAAUUGGCUUCUAUAUCAGGCAGCUGUUGCUACAUAAUAAAACUACCCCAAACUGAGGGUCUUAAAACAAUAAGCAGCAAAAACAGAUUUCAGAAGGAAAUGAAUUGGGAAAAUUUUGCAACCUACCAUCCCUUCAGUUAGAAGCUAAAAAAGUGACAGCCCCAGCCUAUCUAUAGAUCUGUAAUCAUUCCAAUAAACCACAUAGUUCUUUUUAUUUUUUGAAGAGUUUCACACAGGGUGAUAUGCAACUCUUCCCUACUUUGGGGUUCUUGACAUGCUACAAGUGAAGGCAAGAACCACUUUGCCUUAAUGAAGCCUGUAUUGUUACCAGUGGCUUCUUGGAUAAUAAGAGUUGGUGUCAAUGGCUUUGGCAGCAACCUAAGAUGGGGACCUCUGUAUAGGCAUCAGAGGCCUUCAUCAUAACUCCAGCCAUGGUCUGUGUUAUGGGGUUAACACUAGGGUUAACACUAGAAAGAGUGCUUCUGGUGGUGCCAGGACAAUGGGCUUUUGAUGGGAAUCAUCUUAGAGAAAGGAAGGCUUUUCAGUGAGCCAAAGCAGAAAAUGAGAGAAUGAACCUCUUCCAUGGGGUUGCCAUAUUGUCUCAGUGGUACUAUCUCCUGCUAGGGUUUUGAGGUAUAGGUAGGGACGCUUCCAAACUCUUGGUGCCUAUAUUAGUUUUCUUUCACUCUGAGACAUCAAAAUUUAGUGGUUUACAACAAAGACCUUCUAUUAUUCCCACAUUUUCUGUGGUCCAGGAAUUCAUGUGUGACUUGACUAGGUGAUUCCAGCUUAGGGUCUUUCCUGAGGUUGCUAUCAAAAUGUCAGCCCGGGCUGUACUCUUCUGAAGGCUUGACAGGGGCUGGAGGAUCCACUUCCAAGUUGGUUCACACACAUGCUUGGCAAGUUGGUUCUGACUCUUGGUAGGGGGCCUAGUUUCUCCCCACCCAAGCCUCUCCACUGGCUGUGUUGAGUGUCCUCAUGUUAUGGUGGCCUAUUUCCCCCAAAGAAAGUGAUGGGGAAGAAAAAAAAAAGUAGAAGUUAUCCUUUGUAGGACCGUACUUCAGAUGUCACACAGCAGAAUGCCAUCACAUUGUAUUUGUUAGACUGAGUUGAUAAUUCUGAUAUUACAGGGUGGGGGAAUUAAACUCCAACUUCUAACGGGAGUGUCAAAGAAUUUGAGAACUUGAAAAAAACCCCACAGUGCCUUUAGUUUAAUAGCCAGCUAUCACUUAGAUUAUGAAGUCUUUUCCAGCUUCCUUUCUAUCCAACUUGCUCAAUUUUCUUCUCAUGUUAGAAUAUUUUAAAAAAUGUAUUGGUUAUCUUUGGUUAUAUAUGACAGCAGAAUCCAUUUGAUAUAAUUAUACAAGCAUGGAAUAUAUCUGAUUCUAGUUAGGAUUCCAUUCUUAUGGAUGUACAUGAUGGUGCAAUUCACUGUGAUGUAUUCAUAUAUAUAAGUGGGAAAAUUACCUCAGAUUCAUCCCACUGUCUCUCCUUUUCCUAAUUUCUUAUAUAAUCAAAUAAACAAUUGGGAUAGGAGAGUACUUUCCUAGCAGGUUUGAGCCCCUAGGUUUGACAGCCAGUACUAAAUAAAUAAAUAGAAAUAAGAUAGAAAUAGUCAAUUAUGGAUAGAAGUAAUUGGGAUAAAUAUAUAUAUAUACACACACACACAUAUAUAUAUGUAUACGUGUGUAUAUAUAUAUAUCCCAACUGAUUAUUUUAUAUAGAUAGAUAUAGAUAGAUAGAUAUAGAUAUAUAUAAAAUCAUGCACAAUGGUGGUCCAUAAACUUAUAUCAUCUUGUGAUGUAGCCAUUUGAGUUGCUUUAUGCCCAAAAGGACAGUAGCCACCACUAAUUGGGUACAUUCAGGCCAUGCCCUUUUGGUCAGAAAAGUAAAAAGUAACCUUUGGGGGAGCAAAUCCCAUCAGGUCAGAACUUCCUCCACCUAAGAGCGGGGAGAUGGUUAGCUGAUUCUAGUAUUCUAAAAUAUGAGGCUGUUCUCCUGGAGAGAGAUGACUUUGUUGUGGGAUUCUCACACAGAGAAACAGGGCACUGGGGGCAUUCAGCAUAAAGCAGCAUUUAUUAAUGCUGGCACUGGCCUGGCAGAUUUGUAUCCAAAGACUGAACCCCAAGUGCAGCAGUGCAUUGUUUUAAUCCCCCUCCCAUUGCAUGUUAGUUCCUUUGUCUUCCUUAUCUAUUAACUUGCAUGUUAAUUACAUAUUCUGUGCAUUAAAAUUUCAACAAAAUGGCAA